AAGAGGCGGGGCUCGCGGGUUGGUUCCUGGCCCUACCAUUGGAGGAGCGGUAGAGGCGGGGCCUGUUUGAAAGCGGGCGGAAGUGGCGCGAAGCGGGAUGCCUGUGGAGAGCAAGAUGGCGGACAAAGAGAAGAAGAAGAAAGAAAGUAUAUUGGAUCUGUCUAAGUACAUUGAUAAAACCAUCCGUGUGAAGUUCCAGGGUGGCCGGGAAGCCAGCGGUGUCUUGAAAGGAUUUGACCCCCUUCUAAACCUGGUGCUGGAUGGGACCAUCGAGUAUAUGAGAGAUCCAGAUGACCAAUACAAGCUCACAGAGGACACCCGUCAGCUGGGACUGGUGGUCUGCCGAGGGACCUCGGUGGUCCUCAUCUGUCCCCAGGACGGCAUGGAAGCCAUUCCCAACCCCUUCAUUCAGCAGCAAGACGGCUAAGCCACUCUGGGCUCUUUCUGCAGCUAAAAUCUUGAGAGGACUCGAAGAAUGGACUCUCCUGCAAGGGGAACAUAUUUUUGUAUGCUAUGUUUAUACUGGCAAAGGACCUUGUUAACUUAUGUGAGGUGGUUGUUACUGGGUUUUAGUUAUCCCCCCUGCCCCCAUUUUGACACUUUGUCUCACAAGGAAAAAAGGGUUUUGCCAGGAGAGGCCCUGAAAACUAUUUCAGAAAGUAACCUUGUUUUGCUAUGAACUUUCGACUCCAGUCUAGAGCCACUGAAAUAGCCUGCUGUAUUUAUGUAAAAUAUUACACAGGAAGGUGGGGUUUUUUGUUGUUGUUCCUUUUACCUCCUUGGCCACAGCUGUUCCUACAUUGGCUUGCUGUUCUGUCCCCAGAGCUUUGGAAGGGACUGCCCAUUUUCCCUUUGGGUUAAUAGUUUCUGCCUUCCUUUCUCCAGGACAGUUGUCUGCUAGGAGGGGUCAAGCGCUUUGCCAAAUGUCAGGAAUUGUAAUGACACCUGUGUCCAACUCCUCUUAAUUUCCAGGUGGCGACUCUUUCCUUUUCAGGAGAAUUCCUGAAAAUCCAUGAAUAAAAAGCUAUCCAAAACUGA